GCUUAUUUAGAUCUCAUCCCUCUCCCAAGAUUUAAGCUUUGGGGUUCAACUUCUACUCUUACCUACUCAUUCUUCCCUAUUUCCUUACCUAAUAGACAUCGGUUUAAGAAGGAAAGGGUGAAGUAAAAGUCCGCAGAAUUCCUCCAAGUAGACGAUGGCGUCAGAUCUCAGACUACUUAAUGCGGCUAUCGAUAGCACGCCCCUCAUCGACAACCACGCUCACCCGUUGCUGAAGCCCGGAGCUGUGACUAAGCACCCCUUACUUUCUAUCGCCAGUGAAGCACACGGCGCUGCUCUCGAAGAUUCGAAAUGCAGUCUUCCUCAUAUUCGGGCUGUGAAGCAACUAGCUCGCGCUCUCGACUGUCAGGCGACAUGGGAAGCUGUGGAAGUAGCCAUUCAGCGAAAACGGAAUGAAUCGCCUGACGAAUGGACGAAAUUCUGCCUGGAGGAUAUUGAGACCAUCCUCAUCGAUGACGGCCUCGAUAGGCCUGGCCUGUCUGAGACGUAUUCGUGGCAUGACAAGUUCACGAAAAGCAAAUGCAAGCGGAUUGUCAGAAUUGAAACCGUCGUUGCCGAUGUCGUUGCCCAUUUCCUGCAACUUGGGAGUGAUAUCAUUUUUAAGGACUCCUUUUUGGGUCAUGUCCUGGAUAAAUACUCACUCGAAAUCCAAAAGGCUCUCGAGGACCCUGACGUUGUCGGUUUCAAGUCCAUCAUUUGUUACCGACGUGGACUGGAUAUUCCCCCAGAGAACCUAAUACAAACGGAGGAUGCGAAGAGAGCCCUUCGAGGUAUUAUCAGCGGCGGGUUACGGGAUGCAUAUGGUGAUGGAUUUUCUCUCGUGAAAAGACUAGAGCACUCGCCCCUGAAUGACCUGGUCGUUCAUACUGCUGCGAAGCUGAUUCGCGAUGCUCCCGGUCAUAAGAAACCGCUUCAAUUUCAUACCGGCCUGGGCGAUAACGACAUUACACUAACCAAAUCAUCUCCGUCUCACUUACAGGACUUCAUUCGAGAAUAUCCCACUGUCCCUAUCGUAUUGCUUCACGCCGGUUAUCCCUGGACCAGAGAGACUGCAUACCUAGCAGCGAUGUACCCCAACGUCUUUGCUGAUAUCGGGGAGGUGUUCCCAUGCAUCAGUCGUCAGGGGCAAGAAAGUAUCGUGAAGCAGAUGCUGGAAAUUUGCCCCUGUUCCAAGAUUCUCUGCAGCACAGACGGUCAUGGAUUCCCGGAGAUGUAUUUCAUAGCCGUGAAUCAGAUUCGGUCUGUCCUUGAAGCAGUAUUAGGAGGGCUCGUACGAAAUAACCAGCUGGAAGAGAUACAAGCAGUUCAGAUCGUCCAAGCCGUCCUAUUUUCCAAUUCGAAAAAGCUCUACAAUCUCCAGGCCGUAUCCACCCUACCGACUAUGGCGCAGCUCGAAACUAUCUCGCGCACCAUGCAAUCGAGCAACCAGUCCAUCGUGCAAAGACUGCAGAGUCUAAACGCCAAAUAUUUACGCAUUUACUGGCAUGACUACACUUCUAGCGCCAAGUGCCGACCCCUCCCGAUCAAACAAGUGUACAAGACUCUGGCGAGCGGCAAACCCGUCACCCUAUCCAUCACCAAAGCCGGCCUCGGUUUACUUCAAACAGACGCCAUGAUCCCCCAGGUAAACGCAUCCGGCGCAUUCACAGUGCAGGUGGACUGGUCGAGCCUGAAGCCCGGCCCCGUCGCGGGCCACGUUAGCGUGUACGGGGACUUCACCGAGCAAGACGGGUCCCCGGCGUCCGUCUGCCCGCGCACGACCCUGCGCACGACGCUCUCUAAGGCCGGCGAGCUGGGCCUGACCUUCCUGCUCGGCUUCGAAGUCGAAUUCGUCGUGCUGGAGCGCAACCCCGACGCCGCCGACCCAAAUAGCAUAGACAAGUACCGCGCGCUGCGCACGGACGGGCACUCGUGGUCGAUGGCGCGCGUGCUGUCGGACUGGGGCCGCGAGGGCAGCUUCAACACGGUCUCGGAAGAAAUCAUGGACGCGCUCGACGCGGCCGGCAUCGCGUUCGAGCAGUUCCACCCCGAGAGCGCGCCGGGCCAGUACGAGCUCGUGCUGGCGCCGCUGCCGCCGCUCGAGGCGUGCGACGCCCUGCUGCACGCGCGGCAGAUCCUCGAGUCGGCCGCCGCGCGCCGCGGGUUCCGCGUCACCCUGCACCCGAAGCCGUUCGCGGCCUCGUGCGGGUCCGGGUCGCACGCGCACGUCUCCGUCUCGUCGCCCGGCGGCGACAAGCCCGCCGUCUACGAGGCCUUCUACGCGGGCGUCCUGAGCCACUUCCGCGCCGUCGCCGCGUUCGCGAACCCGAGCCCGGCCAGCUACGAGAGGAUGGUGGAUAGCUUUUGGGCGGGCGGCAGAUGGAUCACGUGGGGCACGCAGAACAAGGAGGCGCCGCUGCGGAAGGUCAGGGAUAGUCACUGGGAGCUUAAGAUCCUCGAUGGCAUGGCGAAUCCGUACUUGGCUGUUGCGGCGCUGUUAAGUGCGGGCGCGGACGGUGUGAGGAGGAAGACGCCGCUUACGUGGGGCGAUUGCCUUGGCGAUCCGGCGAAGAUGGGGGAGAAGGAGAAGAAGCAGCUCGGGAUUACUACGCUGUUCCCUGGAAACUUGCGCGAGGCGCUGGAGGCGCUGAAGCAGGACGGGUUGGGUCUGCAUCCUGAUGUGGUGCAGAGGUAUAUCGAUAUCAAGAAUGCGGAGCUGGAGCUUUUGGAGAAGAUGAAGCCGGAUCGGAGGAGGGUUUGGCUGAUGGAGAGGUAUUAGAUGGGGCUGAGGGGUUAGGUAGGAAGGCGGUUUAUAUUUAAAGCAUCUAGACGCGAGAUAUGGUACCUAAAUUUAUGAGAUCUUAAUUUAAUUUCCUAGCAGAC